UUUAAGGUAAAAGAUGAGAGCAGAGAGACACGUUAAACCUUUAACCUCCACACGCAGCAACAACUUUACAGCUUUUCUACAGAGAGACAAUAAAGUUUUAGUUUAAACUGCACAAAGAGGUGGGAAAUAAUUACGUAUAUUUACUCAUAAGUAUAAGUGGAGUCUGUUUUAUGUUAGUUUUACUCAUAUUUUAUAAGAAAACAUUAUUUAACAUGUUCUAAUAUUAAUGCAGAAGUUCAUAAAUUGUCAUAGAAACUUAUAAAUAUAAUAAACACUGGGACAAAUGAAGGAUUUUCUAUUCCAUUCUAUAAAGUCAGAGAAUGAUGAGGCCAUUUCACACAUCUACUUUGACUUUUAAAACACAUUUUCUUUCAUAUUUUCGCUCUUUUAUUUAACCGAAACCUUUAAAUUGUUAAAGUGAACCAUUAAAAUGAGACGUUACCAGAGCAUUGUUAAAGAUAAAAGGCUGAUUGUUGUAUUAAAAGGACUUUAAAUCUGUCAGAGCUGAGUUUUACUGAUGUCGGACAUGAAGGACUGAAGAGCUGUUUCAAGUUUCACGUUUACUCCUUUCACAUCAAAUGUGCAAAAAAUGCAUGUUUAUAUCUGUUGCAUCAUUAACCACGAAUGCAAACAAAGCGUGCAACGAUACAAAUUUGAUCUUUUUGCAUGUUUUUAUAAUUAAUCUCAGAUUAAAUCACUGCUGAUUUUCUAAAAAAUAUUUUUUUAAAGUAAAACAAAUUUGGAAAAAAAAAGAAGCAGCACUGUUCUGCAGAUACUGAGCGACUCAUUGCUGCUGUUGCGUUUCAAGCUUUUGGUGAGAGCCUCAUUUGGGAAGGAUGGCCCACGGAGCUAUUAGAGAGCAGCCCUCAGCUCUCUUUCUCCUCGCGGCCCAUGACUAUGAAAAGAGGCCUCUGUGGCACAAUGGGCAGCGUAUUCCUUGUCUGGCUCCAAUACACAAGGAGAGGCCUGCAGCUCUCUCAUUAGAGAAGACAGAGGUGAAAGUUUUACUGCAAUAUCAGGAAAAACAGAGUCUGCUUCACGGAUCAAGUCCAGGCAGCAGAACUCUGGAGCAGAGCAUGACUGAACACAGCUCCCAGAGCAGAACCUCAGACCUUUAAAUGUUCACAAAACUAAACCUCCUCCACUGCAUUAAAACGUCUGAAAUCCACCUUAAAGCUUUAAAUGUGAAUUAAACGCCUUGUUGGGGCAGAGAUUCUCUCUGGGGUGGGUGGUCCCGGUCCUACAGGCAUCAGAAGGAGCAUCCUUAUUGUUCAGGCCGAGUCGAGAAAGUCUGUGUUUGCCCUCUUCAUUAGACAUUCUAGUGUCAGCUGAGCAGGAUAAAUAAAAGGCACCGCGGUCAAAGGGAAAGGAGCGCUUCGCUGCCGAGUUAAAAUGUGUUUUAACAGUUACUUAAGGCUCGGGAGCAGCUCGCUGCCACUUCCAAAUGAUGGAAAUGAGCCUGGAAAGUUUGCAGAGCUGGCAAUAAUCCGAGUUGAAAGAGAGGAUGUCGUUGUCCUCGGGUAGUGUAAGAAAGCAAAUCACCUCCUUUCAAGAGGCCGCACGGCUUCUCUGAAGAACCCAUAAAAAGAAAAGAAAAAAGGAGUUUGUGACAUUAUUAUACGUGCAAAGAUGAUUUUAAGUGGAAGGCUUUUGUUUGAUUUAUAUAUAUAUGCGAUAAAUAACCGUGCGCUCAGAUUUGGAUGAGUUUUAGGAAUCAAUCAGGGCCUUUCCUCUUUCUGAGCAGCUACAUUCAAAGGAUGGGAUGGAUCAACCUGCAGAUUAACGCAGUGAUUAAGAUUAGCAGAGCCGCAGUUUGGCACCAGAGACACAGCAGCGCGACACCAGAGCCGCUGGAUCUGACGCCUCAAUUACGCGGAGCCGUUACUGCGUUUGAGGAGCGACACCACUGCUGCUAAAAAACACACCGCGCCAAUAGAGAGCAUUGAUUUUAUACAGGAAAAAGAUUACCGACUGUUUACAUACAGGGGCGAGGCUUGAUUUACAGCUGCUCGAGAGAAGAGACACAUGCCGAAGGAACGAGAGGAGACACGUCUUUAGACGGACUGAAGGAACUGGAAAUGUUUUAAAUCAAAUAAGAAACAAAAACCGACACAGUUUCUCCUUAAACUGCACAGAUUAAAGUCUGUCCCCAAUUGUGAGGCGACUUGUUACGCUGCUUAAAUCAUGUGUCCGCCAGCCAGGACUUAAAAGGCUCCAAAUAAGAUGAUUUAGGAACAUCAAGGCUUCCCCAGUGGUAAUGAUUACAUUUGGACUUAAGAUCCAUGGAAGAAUUUGUAGCCCAGUAAAUCUCCUGAGGUCCCUGCCCCCAGCGCUCUUCAAAAGCCUUGUCAUUCAAAGGGUUAGGAUGUUUGACAAUCCCAGCUUGUACUACUCCACCAAUUAAUUGGAUACGUUGUCGGGAUGUUCGUCUCUCUCAUCUGCUACUUAGAAAGACAAAGGGGCGAUGGGGGGGCUGUUGACACCUCUGAGUGCGGCCGGGGUAUAAAUGAGGAGUCUCCGCAGAGAGGGAGCAGCAUUCGUCUCUCAGUUGCACUUGGAACAACAGCGCGUUUCCAGCAAAGACCUUCAAGACUUUACUUUGUAAACUCCAGACUUCAGAAUGCAGGUGCCGAACAGACCGCUCGGAACUUACGGAUACUCGGUGCGUAAUUACGCACCAGGAUCGCUGUACCCGCAGUACCAGGGGGGGCAGUGCCACACCACAACGAAGCCUCCCAGCGGAAAGUCCUUCACCAUCGAGGCUUUGCUCGCGAAACCGGAGGACGCAGCCGGCGACCGGACGAGUCCGAGUCAGUGCGGAGUGAAAUACCAACAGGGAGCAUCUGUUCUGCCCCUCUCUGGACACGGCCUACCGAUGGCACCGGCACCGUACGUCUACUCUCCAAACAUGUUGCACUCAGCGAUCCACACGCAGCCUGGAUACUCUGUGUACUGCUACCCGCCUUUCACCUACCAGUCAACGUGUCGAGGAGCAUUUUACGCACAAGCUUCAAUGUCCAAAGUCAACGCGGGGCUGCACUCGUUCAAAACUAAAGGUGGGAAGUCGAAGAGGAUGCGCACCAGCUUCACCAGCGAGCAGCUGUCCCGGCUGGAGAAGGAGUUCGCACGGCAGCAGUACAUGGUCGGAUCAGAGAGGUUCCUCCUGGCCUCCGCUCUGCAACUGACAGAAGCUCAGGUCAAAGUCUGGUUUCAGAAUCGACGCAUCAAGUGGCGCAAACAGAGUCUGGAGCAGCAGCAGGCCAAGCUCGCUAAACUGGGCCUGGCCGCUCCGCCGAAAAGCCCCGGAUCCCAGGGCCACGGGGACGAAGGCGACGAGGACGAGGAGGAGUUUUCGGACUCGGACGUGGACAUUGACGUUUCUGACGACUCCACUGAUCAGUGCUGA